AUUGACAGUUGCCAUGGCAACAAGCUAGAGCAUCGCCAUUUUGUCAGGAGGGUUUUUUUUCCCCAGCUCAGUCUUUUCAAAUGUUCUCCCUUCCCGCCGGAAUAAUGCUGCCAGUGGAUAUAUAUUUGACGUUUUUGGAUAUCGAAAUGCAUCUAGUGGACCGGAUUAAGAAGAUCAAGAGGCCGACAUUUUAACGUAGUUGAAAUAAUUAGGCAACGCCGCACUAACUCAGGUUGUCCGUGUCUCUGGUCCACCGGGCCGGUUCACUGCGCAGGUUUGGACCGCGCGCCAUUUUGUGAAAAUUGACACAGAAUUCUUAACCAAAAUUAUCAGAGGACACGGUUUCUGUUUCGUGUUUGAAAUACUCUGGAUUUAACUGCAUUGUCGUAAUCAUCGAAGUGACCGACGCUAAAUGUGCAAAGACACGGUCAAAUCCGAAUUUGGCCAACGUUUAUUUAGCAAUAGCUCGAAUUGUUAGCUUGAGGCUAGCCAAAGAAGCUACAGCUAGUAGUCAACUAGCUAGCUAGGGUUAGCUAGUGAGUUAUGCGUGCUAGUUAACGUUAGCAUGUUGCUAGUCACCGGCUGAUGAUAACGGUAGUCAAAGUUGCUUCGAUCUCCAACGAUGUUCUCCAAAGCGUGGGAUAUGAAACGCGUAUUGAAUCUGGCUGGCGAUUUAUUUUAGAGUUUGCCGAUCAGAGGACGAGGAUUGGAUUUAACGUUAACAUUACUCGCUAACCGUGCAGGGAGGGGAGAAUCUCAAGCUGGAUAAGUUUCCUCAUCAUACAGGUUUUUGGACUUUAAAUGAAGAUCGUGCCAUCAGAGGAGGAGAGACUUCAGCAUGCAAACCUUCGUCCGUCCGGCUUGCGCCCUCUUUUUCUUUACACACUGCUGGUCUUCAGAUGGCUGCUCCAAUGCCCCAUACGCACCAGCAGUACAGUGACCGCCACCAGCCAAGCACUGACCAAUCUGUUGCUGUCUUACCGUACAGCGACCAGACACCACAGCUCACUGCCAAUCAGAGGCACAUGCCCCAGUGCUUUCGUGACCCAACUUCAGCUCCCCUGAGGAAGCUCUCCAUUGACCUUAUCAAAACUUACAAACACAUCAAUGAGGUGUAUUAUGCAAAAAAGAAGCGACGGCACCAACAGGGUCAGGGUGAAGACUCCAGUCACAAAAAAGAGAGGAAAGUCUUCAAUGAUGGCUAUGACGAUGAUAACUAUGACUACAUCGUCAAGAAUGGGGAGAAGUGGAUGGACCGCUAUGAGAUUGAUUCCUUGAUAGGAAAAGGAUCAUUUGGACAGGUUGUGAAAGCGUAUGAUCGUGCUGAGCAGGAAUGGGUUGCCAUUAAGAUCAUCAAGAACAAGAAAGCUUUCCUCAAUCAAGCUCAGAUUGAAGUGCGCCUCCUAGAGCUCAUGAACAAGCAUGACACUGAGAUGAAAUACUACAUCGUUCACCUGAAGCGUCACUUCAUGUUCCGGAACCACCUCUGCCUCGUGUUUGAGAUGCUUUCCUAUAACCUGUAUGACCUACUCCGAAAUACCAACUUCCGAGGCGUCUCACUCAACCUCACCCGGAAGUUUGCCCAGCAGUUAUGCACGGCGCUGCUCUUCUUGGCCACGCCUGAGCUUAGCAUCAUCCACUGUGACCUGAAGCCUGAAAACAUUCUCCUUUGUAACCCCAAGAGGAGUGCCAUCAAAAUAGUGGACUUUGGCAGCUCAUGCCAACUGGGACAACGGAUAUACCAAUAUAUCCAGAGUCGCUUCUACCGUUCCCCAGAGGUGCUGCUGGGAAUGCCCUAUGACCUGGCCAUCGACAUGUGGUCCUUGGGUUGCAUCUUGGUAGAGAUGCACACUGGAGAACCUCUCUUCAGCGGAGCCAAUGAGGUGGACCAGAUGAACAAAAUAGUUGAGGUUCUUGGUAUCCCACCUAAUCACAUAAUGGACCUAGCCCCAAAAGCCAGGAAGUUUUUUGAGAAGCUUUCAGAUGGUACAUGGAGUGUUAAGAAGACCAAAGAUGGCAAAAGGUAUAAGCCUCCAGCCUCUCGGAAGCUCCACUCCAUCUUGGGUGUGGAGACAGGGGGUCCAGGUGGCCGACGGGCAGGGGAGUCUGGCCAUGCUGUUGCUGACUACUUGAAGUUCAAGGACCUGAUCCUCCGGAUGUUGGACUAUGAUCCUAAGAGCCGCAUACAGCCCUACUAUGCCCUGCAGCACAGCUUCUUCAAGAAGACUGCGGAUGAGGGAACCAAUACAAGCAGCAGCGUGUCCACUAGCCCUGCAUUAGAGCAGUCCCAGUCUUCAGGAACCACCUCCAGCACCUCCUCUAGUUCAGGAGGAUCAUCUGGGACAAGUACCAGUGGCAGAGCAAGGUCGGACCCUACUCAUCACCACUUGCACAGUGGAGGACACUUUGGCGCGGCCUUACCUACCAUCGAUGGUGACAGCCUCUGCCCACAGGCAAGACAGCCUUACCAACCCCCGCUGGUGUGGGGAGGUGGUGUUGGACCAGAGUCUGUCACUGGAGAGACUCACCCAGUCCAGGAGACCACCUUCCAUGUUCCCCCUCAGCACCCUAAGGCCCUGCAUCCCCACUCACAUACUCAUCACCACCACGGGCAGAUGAUGGCUACACGACCACGCCCACGCCACCACACCUCCCCGACACACAGCUCCUCAACACAGGACUCCAUGGAGGUGGUUCAUGGCCAUCUGUCCAUGACCUCCCUGUCUUCCUCUGCCUCCUCUUCUUCUACAUCGUCCUCUUCCACUGGGAACCAGGCCUACCAGCUCCGCCAUUUGCCUGCCGGAGCCCUUGACUUUGGUCAGAAUGGUGGGCUGAGCAUGGGGCUAGGUGCCUUCUCGAACCCACGGCAGGAGACUGGCAUGGCAGCGCACCCUGCAUUCUCCAUGGGCACGAACACAGGGCCUGCCCACUACCUAGCGGAAGGCCACCUGGGCAUGAGGCAGGGCAUGGACCGGGAGGAAUCUCCAAUGACUGGAGUGUGUGUGCAGCAGAGUUCUAUGGCCAGCUCGUGACUGCACUGACAUUUGGUUGUGUGUUCCCCCUGUGCGUCAUUUUUAAGGUGGUGUUUUUUACUACAAGGUGUGUUAAGAACAAAAGCUGCUCACGUCAGAAGGGAGAUAUCACUGAACCGCUACUACAGAGAAGAAGCUUUGUUAAAAGUAUAUAUGUAAUUUUCAUCAGUUUUUCUUUUGCAAUCAUUAGGCACAAAAUAAUACUGCGGAAUAACCAUAGUGAGAUUGAGACAUCCAUCUUAUCAUUUCACCAGUUUCAUGUAACCACCAAGUAAUCAUCAUAUGGUAUUAUGUGGCAAAAUCUUCUAAGGAGCAUUUCAGAGCAAAGUUUGAAGCUGAUUUGCAGGUAACUGUUGGUAAUGAAAUGCUUGGCGUCCUUUUUCGGUACAAACUGUGGACUGCCUGACAUUGUUCCACUGGUUCUUAAUUAUUUUGCCCUUUUUAAGUGAAAUUUCUCGUAAAAGCUGCUUGUAAAUCCUGUAGCUUGACAAUGAGGGGAAGUGUUUGCGGUGAUAUUUCUUGUUGUUGGUCGGUAUUGUGUAACUCUGAUAAAGGGGAGCACAGAGCAGUGGAGUCCCUAAAGCGUGUGCUGGCCAGGUGGAGAGGAGACCCUGUAGGUGGAUACUGACACCAACUGGGUCAAAGGAGAGGGAAGCACCACCCCUCAGGCCUAGAGCCCCGUAGUCCUGCAAGCUGCAACCCGGCCCGGCACAGAUAAGAGCAGCGAUGGGCGCAGGAGACGACAGGAUCCAGCCCAGUUAAAGGAAGACAGUCAGUGGCUGGUUCUAGAUAACCCUUUGGCCUUAUGACUCAUGGACUUGGAAUGGGAUGGAGCUGGACAAUAUCAUUUGAAUUAAGAUGGCUUUUCUCUAUUUUUCUCUCUAGACAGCCCUUAAUUCUUUAAGGAAAUUCAAACAACUUAGAAAAGGUAAAUAAGAAUGGUAAUUUGAGGCCUUUCUCGACAAUGAUUUCUUCUUCAGCAGGGCCCCACAUAACAGGGUCUUAUUGUACACAACAACCUCCUAAACAUUACUUUCUUGAAAAUCUUAUUCACUGGUUAAGGAUUUUGCAGUGGAAAGAACUAUCUAUUCCAGAGUCUACCCUUUUAUGUUUUCUUAUUUUUCCCUUUUGCAUGUAGUUCCUCAUCAGAACCACCUGCACAAGUCUCUCCAUCCAAAACAUGGAAACUGAAGAAAAAAAACGAGUUAAGUGACUGCCUUUUUUCUCCUCAAAUUAUGCUGUGAAUUUUACAAGAAUUUAUUUUCCCUUUGGAUAUGUUUUUAUACCAAAGCAGUUGUUUUAUAGCAUAUAGGUGUCUGUAACCAAUAAUGUAGCAGUUCACCACUUUGACGCAAAGUUUAUCAAGAUCUUAUUUUAACGUCAAUACAAACGGCUGCAAUAUAUUACUUUAGCAAAACUGGAGACCGUUGUUAAGACCGUUGGCUAUUGUGUAUUCUGGCCAGAUUUGUUUGCAACGUUUUACCAAAACUGUUUCCAUAUUAAUUGGUAGAUUAUUUUGGGAGUCUUUUAAAACUGGUAUGUUAGAGAAUUUGGUAGUUACUCUGCAGGCUCCGGAGUAGCAAGAUAGAAGCUUAUGGUUUAUAAAAAAAAAAAAAAAAAA